AUGGCUCUCUCGUUCACUGGAAAGCCUCCGGGUCCGCGUGCAGGGGAGUUGCUCAUCGCACAAUGGAGUAUACUCCCGAGGCAUUCGUCUAGACAGCCCAAGGGAAGACGAUUUACUUCCACGCUGCAUAUUGCGCAGAAGCAGAGCGCCGUGUCUCCCGCCCCAUCCCUCCCGCCUCUUGCUGCUCUUCCCAAUCGUGUGCUUCUCCGUUCCCUGUUGGUGUCUACAAUCUCGUCCAAGCCGUUUCUCCUUCGACCAUCCCUCUGGGCUAUGUCGAUUUUGGCCAAGCCUAACAGGGGCUUCUUUUUAAACGUGGAUCGGAACCCUAUACUCCAUGGAAUCCUAAAGAAGACUUUCUAUGAGCAAUUCUGUGCCGGAGAGAACGGAGCUGAAACCAAGGCUACGAUCAAAGAACUGAAGGAUAUGGGUUUCCGGGGUGUAAUCAUGACCUAUGCGAAGGAAACGGUGUUCGAUCAUAAAACAAACACUCAGCAGGGCCUGGGGGUUGCGGCUCUAGAGAAGCAAAAGGCCGGCGAGAAACUCGACCCGCGGCUGCUACACUGCGCUAAUAUUGAAGCGUGGCGAAAGGGAACGUUGGAAACUGUCGAGCAACUGGAGAAUGGAGACUACUUGGCUGUCAAAUUGACCGGGGCUGGACCAACGGUCACCGAAGCCUUUUCCAAAGGAGAACUCCCUCCACUGCAGAUGAUCGACGCAAUGGACGAAGUGUGUCGCAGAUGCCAAGAGCGCAACGUGCGCAUCCUGGUCGAUGCCGAGUCCCAGCAUUUCCAGUGGGGAAUCAUGCUUCUCACCCUCGAUCUCAUGCGCAAGUACAACCGGGAUGGUUUUGCCGUAGUCUACAACACCUACCAGGCUUACCUGAAGAGCACCUCUGACACUCUGGCAAAGCACCUCACGGCCGCUCAGAAGGAAGGAUUCACUCUCGGUCUCAAACUAGUUCGUGGAGCAUACAUGGCAUCGGAUAAGAGAAGUCUCAUUCAUGACACGAAAGAGGCGACAGACCAUGCAUACAACACCAUCGCACAGGGCGCACUGAAGCAAACCAUCGGAGAUUUCGGGACCACUACGUCUUUCCCCUCUGUCAACCUUUUCCUGGCCAGUCACAACAAGGCAAGCGUCAUUGACGCCCACCAACUUCACAAGCAGCGUACUGCUGCCGGCUUGCCGACUGUCCCCGUAGGUUUCGCCCAGUUACACGGAAUGUCGGAUGAGGUGAGCUUUUCGCUUUUACAAUUGAAGGGAAGCGAUGGGACUCCCGAGGUUUACAAGUGCUCGACCUGGGGUGGAAUGGGAGAGUGUCUAGCAUAUCUGCUACGCAGGGCAAUUGAGAAUCGUGACGCGGUGCUACGGACGACUGAUGAAUAUUCCGCGCUGAAGUCCGAGUUGAAGAGGCGGUUGAAAGGCGCCCUCUCUCUGUCGAUCCAGAAAUAG